AUGGUUCUCUGCAGGAAACCGGUGGAUUGCCUUCUCCGGGUAGGGAAUGAGGUCCUGCCUCAAGUGAAUGACUUCAAGUAUCUCGGGGUCUUGUCCACGAGUGAGGGAACAAUGGAGCGUGAGGUUGGACGGAGAAUCGGGGCAGCAGGAGCGAUAUUAAAGUCGCUUUAUCGCACUGUUACAACGAAGAGGGAGCUGAGCCGAGAGGCAAAGCUCUCCAUCUACCGUUCAUUCGACGUUCCUACCCUCACCUAUGGUUACGAACGAUGGGUCAUGAACGAAAGGACAAGAUCACAGGUACAAGCGGCCACAAUGGGCUUUCUCAGACGGGUACAAGCGGCCACAAUGGGCUUUCUCAGGCGGAUAGCUGGUGUCUCACGUAGAGACAGGGUGAGAAACGCUGCUUUUUGCGAGAGGCUCAGAGUCGAGCUCCUUCACGUAGAAAGGACCACUCCAAUUGACAUCCUGAAGGUUCUAGAGCUUUCAGAGGACAUGGAGGGUGUGUCACUGGAGGCCGGACUGUGCAUCAGCAGGAUGGGCCGAGAGGAUCCGGACCUCUCCUUCAAGAUCAACAAGAAAAUCCAACUGAGUGCUCCCACCAAGCAGCUGUUCCCUGAUUCCUCCUUCCCAGAAGACUUCUCUCUGAUGACCACAGUUCGAGCUGCGAAGGGCUCACAAGUUUUUCUGCUGUCGCUGUACGACCCUCAGGGUACGCAACAGUUGGGUUUAGAGCUCGGACGAUCUCCUGUAUUUCUGUACGAGGAUCAGGACGGUAAACCCAUCCCGGAACUCUACCCCACUUUUAGGAAAAUCAACCUGGCGGAUGGGAAGUGGCAUCGAGUGGCAUACAGCGUGAAGGGUCAACAGGUUACGCUUUACUUGGACUGCGUCAAGCUGGAGACUUUGGAACUGCUGCGGGGGCCCCGACCGCAUGUCAGCACCGACGGCGUAACAGUGUUUGGAACGCGACUGCUUGACCAAAACGUCUUUGAGGGUGACAUCCAGCAGCUGCUUCUGGUGGACGACCCAGCGGCGGCUGAGACGUACUGUAGGGACUUCAUCCCGGACUGUGAUGCUCCAUUGCCCUACGAGAGCAUCCUUACUAACAUCGCUGCCGAUGAGGUGAGCCCCCCGCACACUGUGCACUCCUCCCCUCAAGCGGCCUUUGCUAUGCCACAGGUGGAUGUGACGUCAAAGAAGCACGUGGUAGAGGAGUUGGAUGAGUAUGACUUAAGUGAUCUCUACGAGGACGUCUCCAUCUCCACAGUGACGGCUGGACCCAACCUCACCGAAUACGAGAUUUUUGAGUAUGAGGAUUACGACAACUCCACGGAUGACUACCAAGUGAAUGAAUACGAAUACGAAGAGGAAGAAGUGGACGAGCGAUACAGACCAGCUGAAAGGGAAGGAGGAAUCGGUCUGAACGCGCAGGGACCAACGGGCCCUCCAGGAAUUACGGGGGUGGUGGGACCCCGAGGAGACCCCGGUGAACUGGGACCUCCAGGACUGCCGGGUAUGAAUGGAGUUGAUGGCAUACCAGGACCUCCUGGAAAUAUCUUGGUCUUACCGUUCCGGGCAGGCGGUGGUCAAAAAUCGGCUACCCUUUCGGCACAGGAGGCUCAAGCUCAGGCCAUCCUACAGCAGACCAAGUUGUCUAUGAUGGGCCCCCCUGGUCCACUUGGCCUUAGAGGACGACCUGGUCCACUUGGCACACCAGGUCCAUCUGGCCUGAAGGGCAGCAACGGAGAAGUGGGACCACCGGGUUCACCUGGAGCCCCAGGAAUCCCAGGACUGAAUGGGCGCCCUGGAAAAAGGGGGCGAUCGGGAGCAGAUGGUGGGCGAGGUGACAUUGGCGAGACGGGUGUAAAGGGGGACAGAGGCUUCGACGGUCUGCCUGGUCUACCUGGAGACAAGGGACAUAAAGGCGAAAGAGGGAAGCCAGGGCCGCAAGGUCCUGACGGAGAGCCAGGAGAAAAGGGUUCCGAGGGCCCGCCAGGACCAAGAGGACAACCAGGCGAUGCUGGCUCAAGAGGAAUGAAUGGCCCCCGAGGUCGUCCUGGACCCGCAGGACAGUCAGGCAUUCGGGGAAUCGAUGGUGCUCAAGGUUCAAAGGGCAACAUUGGGCUCCUUGGAGACAUUGGAGCACCAGGACAGCAAGGCAGUCCUGGAAUUCAGGGCUUUCCUGGUCCUCAGGGAUUAGUCGGACUACCUGGAGAGAAGGGGCCACAAGGGAAGAAAGGGAUGCAGGGUUUACCUGGAAACGACGGCCCUCCAGGUCAUCCCGGACGGGAAGGUACUCCUGGUGAAAAAGGUUUACCGGGUCCCAUGGGAGUGCAGGGGCCUGUUGGAUACCCUGGACAACGAGGAGUAAAGGGAGCAGAUGGCAUCAGAGGACUGAAAGGCAGUAAAGGCGAGAAGGGUGAGGACGGGUUACCUGGAGCCAAGGGCGAGAUGGGCGGCAAAGGUGACGGAGGCGAGGACGGCGCCACGGGAGUACGUGGUGAAGAUGGACCGGAAGGAGCCAAAGGGCAGACGGGACCUCUGGGAGAACCGGGACCCGCGGGCAUACCUGGAGAGAAGGGAAAACUAGGAAUACCCGGAUUGCCAGGAUAUCCUGGACGACUUGGCCCAAAGGGUUCUGAUGGAUUUCCUGGAGGAAUGGGAGCUCCCGGAGAGAAAGGCAAAAAAGGUCCUGCAGGACAACCAGGAGGUGCAGGACAAAGGGGUCCAAACGGUUCACGGGGAGGAAGAGGAGCAAAAGGACCCACAGGGAAACCUGGAGAAAAGGGUGCCUCUGGGCAUGACGGCUCCCAAGGAUCAACUGGCGAAAGAGGACCACAAGGACCACAAGGAAGGAGUGGAGAGCCAGGACCCAAAGGAGCAAUUGGCCCAGGCGGAAAAGAUGGCCUUCCGGGGCAUCCGGGUCAGCGAGGUGAACCGGGAUUCCAAGGGAAGACAGGACCCCCAGGACCCUCUGGUGUGGUGGGGCCACAGGGAAAAUCAGGAGAGCCUGGCCCCACAGGGGACAGAGGGCACCCGGGUUCACCGGGUGUACCCGGAGAACAUGGUUUACCUGGUUCAGCUGGGAAAGAAGGUGGAAAGGGUGAUCCUGGAUUACCUGGAACAGUGGGGAAGAAUGGACCCCCAGGACUGAAAGGAUUUAGGGGUAUCAGAGGCGCACCAGGCGUUGUGGGGCCUCCUGGUCUAAAAGGAAGUGCAGGACCCUCUGGAGCACCAGGUGCUAUUGGGCCGGGCGCCGAGAGAGGCCCCCCCGGGCCAGCUGGAGCCAUCGGACAGCCAGGCCGAGCCGGACCUAUUGGAGGGCCAGGAGCAACGGGAGAGAAGGGCGAGCCUGGUGAGAAAGGUCCAAUUGGACCCGUUGGUCAGGAUGGAGAACAGGGACCAGUGGGCAUGCUUGGAGCUACAGGUCCUCUAGGACCUGCAGGAGAUGAUGGAGAUAAGGGGGAGCAAGGAGGACCAGGUCAGAAAGGAAGUAAAGGCGAUAAAGGCGAAGCUGGACCCCAAGGACCGACCGGUACUCAGGGGCCCCUUGGGCAACCAGGACUUCCUGGUCAAGACGGGGAGGUAGGGCCCCGGGGACAGCAGGGAAUGUACGGACCCAAAGGAGAUGAGGGACUUCGUGGUUUUAAGGGUUUGAGAGGACCAAUCGGAUUACAGGGAAUGCCCGGUCUUCCUGGUGAAAAAGGCGAGAGCGGACAUUCUGGACUGAUGGGUCCACCUGGGCAACAAGGACCCAUCGGUUCUCAAGGACCAAUCGGUGGACAGGGGCCGGUGGGUCGGCCGGGUAUGGUCGGACAGCCUGGUGUGGUUGGAGAAAAGGGAGAGGAUGGUGAAUCUGGUGAUCCUGGCCCAGUUGGCUUUUCAGGAAAGAUAGGUGAGACGGGUGACCAAGGCGAGAAAGGAGAUGCUGGUGCUCCCGGAGCAGCUGGUCCUCCAGGUUCUCGAGGCACUCCAGGGGAGGACGGAGCCAAGGGCAAUGCGGGUUCUAUUGGUCUCACUGGGGACAUUGGUCAGCAAGGGGAGGCUGGACCCAAUGGUUUUGAUGGCCUUCCUGGGUCUAAAGGAGAUACCGGAGAGCCUGGAAAAUCUGGACCACCAGGAGCAGCGGGAGAACCAGGACCACCAGGACCUCCGGGUCGAAGGGGUCAUCUGGGGAAAGCUGGGAAAGACGGAAAGGAAGGCCGGAAAGGAGCCAAAGGUGCUCCUGGAUUUGAGGGUCCAAUUGGAAAAACAGGGCCAGUGGGUCGUCAGGGGCAGGCCGGCAAGGCUGGCCCACAGGGUCUUCGAGGGAUUCCUGGUCCUCCUGGUGAGCAAGGCUUAAAUGGGCCAUCAGGCCAGACAGGACCACCCGGUCCAAUGGGUCCACCAGGGUUAGUCGGACUAAAGGGAGACCAUGGAAAAAUCGGAGACAAGGGGCAUGGGGGUCUCAUAGGUUUGAUCGGGCCCCCAGGAGACAUCGGGGAAAAGGGAGACCGAGGGCUGCCGGGAAGCCAGGGACUACCAGGUCCAAAAGGAGAUGAGGGUCCUGUUGGCCUAGCAGGUCCUGUUGGCCCGCCUGGUGUUACAGGUCUAUCUGGCGCUAUCGGUAUAAAGGGCUCUAAAGGAAAUCCGGGUCCAGCUGGAUCCCCAGGAGACACUGGACCCGCAGGACCUCCAGGACCCCCUGGACUGCCAGCGAGCUCCCCAAUGUGGGAACGAGGGCGACAAAGGCGAACCCACAAUCUGGAUGGUGUGGUUCUGGAAGGGGAGGACGAGAUGGUGGAUGGCGGCAAGGAGGACGAGGAGUGGAUUCAGGGGGAUCAGGCCAAGUCAGACACAUGGACUAACGAAAAGAAUGAGGGCCAAGGCAUGGAGGAGGUGUUUGCUUCGCUGUCAUCCAUGAAAGUGGAUGUUGAGGGCCUGCGCACUCCACAGGGAACCUACCACAGCCCCGCUCGGUCCUGCAAGGAGCUCUGGCUACUCAGUCCAGAACUUCCGAAUGGGGAUUAUUGGAUUGACCCCAACCAAGGCUGCCACCGAGACUCCUUCAAGGUGUUUUGCAACUUUACCGCUCAGGGCGAGACAUGCCUCUAUCCAGACAAGAAGUUUCAGUCGGUAAAGCUGGCCGGGUGGAAAGGGGAAAAGCCCGGCACCUGGUACAGUAAAUUCCGGAAAGGCAAAGAGUUCUCGUACACCGGUGCGGAUGGCGCUCCAGUUCACGUGGUGCAGAUGAACUUCCUCAAGCUGGUUAGUGUGACGGUCAGGCAGACGUUCACCUACCACUGCCUUAAUUCGGCCGCCUGGCUGAAUAGUGCCAAUGGCGGCCACCAGUUAGCGUUACGCUUUCGCGGCGGUGAUGGCGAAGAGCUGACGCAUGAAAACACGAACUACAUCCGUGCACUCUAUGAUGGCUGUCAGACGCGCUCGGGGCAAGAGAGGACGUUGUUAGAAAUGGACGCCCCACACUCACUCACGCUGCCGGUGAUCGACGUGGCCGUGAGCGACUUUGGCAACCCAGGCCAGAAGUUCGGCUUCCAGGUCGGAACGGUUUGCUUUGGCGGUUAA